AUGCAGUACCAGCCUCCGGGCGCGGCGCCGGCGGCCCUGGGCGUCGGCGUCCCACUGUACGCGCCCACGCCGCUGCUCCAGCCCGCGCACCCCACGCCCUUCUACAUCGAGGACAUCCUGGGCCGCGGCCCCGCCGCCGCCCCGGCCCCCACUCCCUGCCCGCCCCGCCGCCCGACGCUGCCGUCGCCCAACUCCUCCUUCACCAGCCUGGUGUCCCCGUACCGGACCCCCAUCUACGAACCGACCCCCGUCCACCCGGCCUUCUCCCAUCACCUCGCCGCCACCUAUGGCACUGGCGCCUACGCCGGGCCCCUCUACUCCUUUCCUCGCGCCGUCGGCGACUACGCGCACGCCCUGAUCCGGCAGGACCCCCUGGGGAAGCCGCUGCUGUGGAGCCCCUUCAUCCAGCGGCCGCUGCACAAGAGGAAGGGGGGCCAGGUCCGCUUCUCCAACGACCAGACCAUCGAGUUGGAGAAGAAGUUCGAGACGCAGAAAUACCUCUCCCCGCCGGAGAGGAAGCGUCUGGCCAAGAUGCUGCAGCUCAGCGAGAGGCAGGUCAAAACGUGGUUUCAGAAUCGCAGAGCCAAAUGGAGGCGUCUAAAGCAGGAGAACCCCCAGGCCACCAAAAAAGAAGAAGUAGAAGGUGCUGACAGUCACAGUGACCAAAGGCCGGAGAGCUGCCAGAGCCCUGAGCAGAAGGGUAAGGAGGUCUCUCUGGAUGGCUCACAGUACACCCCCUCACCAGCCUCACAGGAGGACCUGGACUCAGAGGUCUCUGAUGACUCUGAUCAAGAAGUGGACAUUGAAGGCGAUAAAGGCUAUUACACUGCUGCCCACUAACAGUCCCAUGCAGAGAGCGGACCUAACUCGGCUUGCACUUUACCAGGGGCUGGUUUGAAAGAAUACUGUGCUACAGGAGAAAGCUUUCACGGUUACAUUGAAAGAAAAAAGCAUCACCAAAUAGACUAAUUUUAUAACAAGCAGAGAAAGAAAGAUGUAUUUUCUGCAAACAGUUCAGUUUUGGCAUCUCUAAUUUGGUUAAAGGACCAUGGUUUGUAUUUAAUUACUUGUAAGAUAUGUUUGUACAAUAAUCAAUGUUCUAACUGGAAUAUUAUCCUGCACCCUGUCCUUACUCAUGGUGGUGGAGAGGGUCUGAAUCAGCUGCUGUCGGUGAUCAGGCAAAACUCUAACUAGUGUGGAAGUGAGUAUGGAUUGCAGGACUAAGCCCUUUAUAUGUGUAAACAAACGUACUUUAAAUAGAUUAAUUUAAACGCCCUUUGUAAGCAGAGAAACAUGUUCUGUGAAAUAGGGAGGGAUUUGACCAUCCCGAGAAGUGCCUUAUACUCACACCCUUUUAUGUGCUCUCUACUGAGACAUCCUUCGUUCGUCAGAUAGAGUUGUCAGACAGAUUCCUUUUUCUUCUUGUGUGAGAUGAAAUGUACCUUCUCAGAUUUUCAAGAAUUUUGUCUCACAGUUUGGAUGGUUCCAUUUGCAGAAAAAAAAAUAUUUUUCUCCUUCAAAAUCUCUAGCACUGUUUUUUAUGGAUUUCAUAUUUGAGAAGAAAAUGUGGGGAGUGAUAGGGCCCUGCUGCAGGACAGAAACUGGCAUGAGCUGCCGGGCAUAAGUGAAGCACACAGCCAUGGGAAGAUAAUGCCUAUCAUACAAGUAUCUGCUUCUGUACAUACUAGUUUUCUUUAAAAGUCUUGUGGUUUUAUACCUCACAUUGUUCAUAUUUUGUACAUAUUUGUUCAGUGUUUAAAAAAAAAGGCAAAACCUGGUAUUUAAUUUUUGAUGGACAUAUCUGUGAAAUAAACCUAAACUCUGCAACA